GAAGAAAAGUCUGACUUUCUGUCAAAACGAUAGAAAAAAUAACUCAUGAUACAAAAUACACGUCUACAAAAAAUACUGACAUUUUGGAUUUGUUUAGCGUUAAACAUGUGCCCCAAUCAAUCGAUGAGGGUUCGUAUACUCCUUGGUCUUAUGCUGUAUGUGAAUCAUACCCUCUGUUCAGUCAUCACCCCUCCUCCAUUGGGGACCUUCGUGAUCUCAUGCCAUGAACGCAAUUUUUGGGUGUCUGUGAAGUCCAGCUUUUUGGGUCACAAGGUGCGCUUUGAUAUUGAAGAUGGAACUGGCAUACACCUCCUAUCUAGUCAGAGAGCUGCCGAAUGUGGGUACACCAUUCUGUUCGAUCACCAUGGAAACCUGGUUUUCCGUGUGUCAUACCUGGCCUGCUAUGUGGACAGUAAGGCAGACUCUGAGUUCUGGCUGCAGCUAUGGUUUGUGAACUGGCAAGCAGGUGGGCGUGUGAGGGCCUAUCCCCUACACCUGCACUGCUUCCUACCCCAGCCUUGGAGCCCCCGUGAUGUCAUCUGUGAGGAGAACUACAUGGAGGUUUCUAUUAAGCCUCAGAUCCCAGCUCCUCACAACCAUAGCGAGAAGUGGAUGGAUGCUCCGCCCAUGUCAUCUGAGGCGAAAGAGCAGCUGAAACAGGAUGGCCUGGUAGUGUUCUACAUGCCAGGAGUGGUCAAGGAGCCCCCCCGGGCUAUGAGGGAGAUCCUGUCGUUAGGAUACGUCAUUAACGUCACAGAAACCCGCAUUGUAUUCCGCUGCGCUUACUCCUCUCCCCGGUCUCACACACUCACGGACAAAGGAGUGUUGGUGGAGGUAGUCAGUGCUUUCAUUCAGAUCCAGACUCAAGGGCUUGUGACAGUGAUGGAUGUCUCAGUGGCAUGCAUAAAGAGUGAUGCUGUGGUGGAAGGGGAACAACUGGUGUGGUUGUCUCCCCUAAUCCUCAGUCCACUGGUUCACGGGGUGUUCAAAGAGAGGAGUGUGAGGCUCGGGGUUGGUAGACAAGCCCUAAGCGAGUGCACAGUCCGUGACCGUGGCUACAAGAUCACGUCAAAUGACGGAGUGCUGCAGGUCAGGAUCCCAUUUGGUGCAGAGGGAACACACACUCGGAGUGCUGGAGUAAAGGGGCAGCUCUCCAAGGUCAUUUCUCUCGACCUUUUCUUCAUGCAUGAGUGGAAGGAUGACCUUUGGCCUCUAACCCAACACCGCACCUUCAGAUCUCUCCACUCCCUCUACCUCCCCCACACACCAGUACUCAUCAACAACACUGUGUGUUCUGAGAAGACCUUCUCCGUCACGGUGGGGGUGUUCCCAUGGGAGAUGUCCCUUAAGGAUUUAUCCAUAGGAGGGGAAGCUGUGGCAUGGCCAGAAGCCCAAAAACAGGCUCUCCAUUUCUCCCAGGUCCACUUCAGGAAUGGGAGCUUCAUUUAUCAACUGAGAGUACCUUUCUCGUAUCCAACUAUAUCCCAGAAGCGCAUGAGAGGAGGCUAUAGGAGGCUGAGCCUGGCUUUCACUCUAACCUUCAGUCUGAAUGCUGAACAGUUCGACUACAGCGCCACCGUAGUCUGUGAUGAGAAGGAGACAGACACUGGUCCAUGGCUGGAGGGAAGCUGUAAAGAGAGCAGCGUGCAGGUCCAGCUCCACUACGGCUCCAGAGAGCGGCCGUGGGAGCUGCGUCUGGGUGGCUGGCCGCUGGACUGGGAGCUGAUGGAGCUGGGGGACUACCAGGUGGAGCUGGAGGAAGAUUACCUCAUUGUGGAGCUCCCGCUCUCCGCACCUGGCGUGACCUAUGAGAGCCUGACACUCCAGAGUGUAGUAGCGAAGGUAGAGGCGAGCGUAGUUGAGCUGGACUCCAUCCAUGAGCAGCACACCCUAACGCAGCGCUGCAGCUUCCCUGUCCGAGAUCUUCUGGCAUGUCUUCCCGAGGGGAGAAUGGUGGUUGUUGUAGAUACAUCUCGGACCCUCCCCCCUACCCCACCGAACAGCACCACCCUAAUGGAUCCAUCCUGUGGCCCCAAGCAAACAGACAGCACCAGAGCUCUGUUCAACUUCACCCUUGACUCAUGUGGUACAACUCAGACUGUGGAUGGAGAUUACCUGGUAUAUGAGAACCAAGUCAUUUACACCUAUGAUCUACAACCAACAGAUGAGCCGGUCAUCCACAGACACUCCCCUUACAGGCUGACCAUUCAGUGCCGGUUUCCAGCCAAUCACACCAGCAUGGUCUCUCUCCGCCAUCUGAUGAACUCCUCUGCUUCCAUGCCACUGCCACCCAAAAAUGGCCACAGAUCUAAGCGCAGGCUUCAGUGGCAUUCCUUUGUUAGAGUGUGUGACCCUAAGGGAGUGGUCAGUGUAGUGACCACCACAGCCAUGGUUUUACCGCCGUUGGACCCAAACAGAACAUCCCUCCUGGAUAGCAGGUGCCGUCCAGUGGAGACGGACAACAGUCGGAUGCUCUUCGUCUUCACGGUGGACACCUGUGGGACAAAGAGUUGGAUGGAUGCAAACUAUUUGACCUAUGAAAAUGAGAUUGUCUUGAUAAGAGACAUUUUGCCACCGAAACCCACCAUAACUAGAGACUCUGACUUCAGGUUGACUGUUCGUUGCUAUUACCACAGUACUGGCAUCUCUGUUCUCUCUGUGGACAGCACACCUCGCAAAAGCUUUCUGACUCCUGGAACAGGCUCCAUCCUUGAGCUGAGACAAGACAAGACUCGAAAACGCUGUAGUCCCUCAGGCACAGAGGCUCACGGAAGAAGUCGCCCCAGAGCCAAAAGAGUGGGUAUACUCCUUACGGGAAUCCUGACCAAAUUUGGUUGUUUCUGUGAUCAAGAUGUGCCGUUUUCUGCUCAAUGCCUGGACCAUCAACUUAUGAUUGUUGUGUUCCUGCCUGAUGAAACAGAACCUCGCAUUGAAGCAAUAGUAGAUUCUCGGGGAACGUUUCCAAUCCCUGAGGGUGGUUGGGCCAAGUGUGGAUACACCUAUCAUGCCUCGCCAACACUAGGAAUUGCUGUUCUCCGAGCUUCUUACUUCUCUUGCUAUACUGGCAAUGAGGGUGAUGAGACCUUUACCUUCAACUUCCAACUGCUCAUGACCAAUCAUGAUGAGGAGAUUGUUCAUAGAAUCACAAAGACCUGUGUUCCUCAUCCGUGGUCUUACCGAGAGGUUUCUUGUGAGGAAAACUAUAUGGAGGUAUCUGUGCAGACUUCUUUGCCGUGUCCCUUGAUGCAGUCCUACAAAGAUGUUGAGCUGGCCUCUGCCCUUUCAAUGGCCCAAGAAGCAGCUACGUCCGUCUGGCAGAUCAUGUUCCUGAGGCAGGGGAAAGGGCCUGUUGUCCUGUCGGUGCAUGAGGCCCAGGAUCUGGGGUACUUUUUUGAUGUUACCGUGGGCCGUAUAGUGUUCCGCACUGCAUAUGGGCAGGAGUACUCUGUAACUGACAUGGUAAGGGGGCUUUGGGUUGAAGAGAUCCGUCCAGCUGUGUUUCUGCGACACGGGCUUGCUACCAUGGUCGUGGACCUGGCUGCUUCAUGCUCAAUGGAUGAUGGUUUGUAUGACAAUGGUGCCCUCAUAUGGAAGACUCUCACUGUGAUGGCUCCCAUGGUGUCUGCCCACUCUGGAUUUAAAAGCAAAGACAUUGGCAUUGGUGUGAAGGGUAGGCGCCUUGACCCCGACGUUGCGGCAGAAAGAGGGUUCAAGCUUGAUGUUGGCCCAGAAACUGUAGAGAUAUCCAUCCCAUAUGCUGCUGAGGGUGGCUUCAGAAAGAGUUUUGUGAUUGAUAACACGUAUCAUGAAUUCUAUGGUGUAUGCCUCUACUAUGAGCAUAUCUUCACGACGGAUAAUGAUACCCUUGAAAGCAGACUCCACUACAUCAAACCCAUGACUACUCCAGUCAUAUCCCAUACUCCUUACACAACUAAUUUAACUGUUCUUAAGGAGCGUGUCUUCACUGUCUAUGUGGGUGACUUUCCCUUUGAUGUGGAACUGGUUUCCGUGAGUCUGAAUGGGAAGGACAUGACCGUAUCGGAGGCUACACAGAGUGGUUAUCAGAUUUCCAAGAUUCUACAUGAUCAUGCCCAUGCUUAUACCAUUCGUGUUCCAUUUGAAGACCCUGUAGUCUCCAAAGUGUAUUUCGUGGAAGGAGUCCUAGAAUGUACUCUUGACAUACACUACGUUCUUCGCAUCUUGCUUCAGGAGGAUGAGUACUUCCAUUUUACCACUGUGGUUGCUCAUGUCAUGGAUGUCUACCCACCAUAUUUCAAUGGUCUCUGCAUGGAUAAUGGCAUCAAGUUCAGGACUGACCACCAGGAGUUUGACCACAUAUGGGAACCUGGUGUCGGUCCAUAUCCCCUCACACAGGAGCUGGCUGACACUCGGGGAUAUAUAAUGACUAACAACAGUCAGAGUCUGACAUUGGAGGUUCCCCUCUUCACAAUUGGUUACAAAUAUGAAAAUGUCUCGCUUGAGCAGUUUUUUGCCACGUUUGAAAUCCUCAUCAGGGAUGCCACAUCUGUGGAAGUUGUUCAGUCUUCAGGCAAGACCUGUCGCUUCCCCACCACUGAGAUGCUAGUGUGCUCCCCUGAGGGUGUUGUAACCGUGGUGACUGACCUCACUAAAGCCAAGCCUGAUGCAUUACCUUCCAAAACUACUCUGCUGGACAAGUCCUGCAAGCCCAAUGAAGCUGAUGAGACGAGAGUUCUGUUUAAAUUUAUACUCAACAGCUGUGGAACAAGAGUCCAGAUCUCUAAUGACUUUGUGACUUAUGAGAAUGAGAUCCUAUUUGAAGAGACAUUCAUGCCUGAGGAUCAACCAGUGAUUACCAGAGACUCUCCAUACAGAGUAAUACUGAGGUGUGUCUAUCCAGUGCAUGGGGUUAACAGACUGUUGAUUGAUCGGAGGUUUCAACCUGCCACCCCUGGCAAGGGAGCAAUGACUAUCCAGAAGCCGCUGAAAAGUCUGGUCACUGUGCCACCUAAAGUGAAGACCACUAAAGCGCCCACAAUAGUCACAAUGGCUCUAACGGUCUCCACUCUGACCAGAAAGACCCCCAGCACCAAGAGGCCACUGAAAAGUCCAGUCACUGCAGUUACAACAGCUCCAAUGGCCACUUUGACCAGCACCCAGAAGCCAGCCAAAUUUGUACUAGUCAAAUGGAAUAGAACAUGAUGCUGCCAUCUUGACGUGGGUGGGAGAUUCUUGUGUACUAACAUGAUUACAUAGGGUUGAAAGGAUUACAAAUGUAAAGAAGUGACUGGAUGAAUAAAUAUGGAUUUUUAUAAUA